GUGGUUUUUAAACUCUAACUUACGAUUCUCGCGUUUGGCAGUGUGUCCCGACGCUUUUACCGAACACAAUCAACGGUUUAACAUCCAUUUAACUUACGGGCGGCGGAAAGGAAUGACGACGUUGGUAGUUUAGAAAGCGGACUAGGUGACGUGGAGGAUUGACGCCCAGGCGGUCCUCCGCCCUCUCCUUUUUGAGAAGGCGCUCCGAGUUUUGGUGACAGAGGAGGCUGAGCUCAGCCCGUCCCGUGCAGGAGGAGGUUUUCCGGGGCAGCAUCACUUUUGAAAGUUGGCGUGACAGUUUUCCAAGAGUCUCCAAAACAUCAACAACGGGUCUCGGUGUUUACCCUGCCAAAAGGUCAAAGGUCAAAGUCUUUAGGUGUGUUUUGAAGUCAUUUACCGGACUGGCUGCUGCAGCUCCUGAGCUGGUGUGUUUAGAUACUUGCUUCCUUAAAUAGGAUGUUCCCAAGCCGGGCUGGAUCGGCACACUCUGCGAACGGAUCAGCUUCAGCCAGCAGGGGCAUCGCAGGACACGGGUCGGGGCACCUCGGGAGCGGACUCCGUCCCGUUUUGGCCAAAGCCGGACAGUCGUCAGCAGGGUUCGGUACCAGCGUGGGUGUCGGUGUUGGGGCUGCGAGCGGGCGACAGGCGGGGGGUAGGAGCAGCAACAGCAUCGGGAUGUUGGGGAGCAACGGCCCCCCGGGAGGUUCGAGAGGCGUGAGGACAGGUAACGGGACGGGGCUGACCACCCUGCAGCCCCCCGGACUGCAGGGGGGCCUGGGGGCGUUGAACGUCGGGCUGGACAUGCACGGGGGGACGAGGUACGAGCGGGACAACAACCAGAGCGGCUCGGAGAACGACUCCGACUCCGGCGAAGAGGACGACCAGAUCGGUUCCAUCGGGGACAGCCGGAGAGGGGUGAAGCGGGAGAGGUGCGAGAUGGAGGCGGCCGUGACGGGGCAGGAGAUGGGGGUCCCCCCUGGAGCGUACGGCAUGGUGCCCGGGGGGGUCGCCGGGGCGAAGCCGGGCAAGAAGACGCGGGGGCGCGUCAAGAUCAAGAUGGAGUUUAUUGACAACAAGUUGAGGCGCUACACAACUUUCAGCAAGCGGAAGACUGGUAUCAUGAAGAAGGCGUACGAGCUCUCCACACUGACGGGCACCCAGGUGCUGCUGCUGGUGGCCAGCGAGACGGGCCACGUGUACACCUUCGCCACGCGCAAGCUGCAGCCCAUGAUCACCAGCGAGACGGGCAAGGCCCUGAUCCAGACCUGCCUCAACUCGCCCGACUCGCCGCCGCGCUCCGACCCCUCCACGGACCAGCGCAUGAGCGCCACGGGCUUCGAGGAGACGGACCUCACGUACCAGGUGUCCGAGUCCGAGAGCAUGGGCGAGGGAAAGGACACGCUGAAGCCGGCCUUCACGGUGGCCAGCCUGCCAGGGGGCGUGGUGACCAGCGGGCAGUCCACGGUGCCCACCACCUCCACCAGCAUGCAGGUCAGCAGCUCCUUCCCCAUCACCAACUACCUGGCGCCCGUCUCGGCCGGCGGCGGCAACUCCGGCGCCAACGGGACCCUCCUGAAAGCCGGCGGCGGAGCCACCUCGGGGGUCAUGCAGCUGCCAGGGGGAUUCACGUUCAUGCCAGCAGGCACAGCCCUUCCCCCCGGCACCCCCACCAUUCCUCUGAGCCAGCUGCAGCACCACUCUCUGGCGCUGGCGGGCCAGCACGCUGCGCAGGGGGCCCAGGCCGUGUUCCGAUUCCCCGCCGCAGUCUCCCUCGCAGCGACGGCGAGCAUGCCGGCCAACAUCGUCACGACGUCGGGCUCGGCGGGUCACAUGAUGUACCCCAGCCCCCACACGGUGAUGUACACCUCCUCGCCCGCGCUGACUGACGGGGGGCUGGCCGUGCUUAACGCCUUCUCCCAGGGCUCCUCCUCCAUGCACGUGUCCCACGGCCAGGGCCAGGACUCAGGUGGCGUCCCCCAGGUGUUCCUGGCGGCCCCUCCGGGCUCGGUGCAGAUCCCCGUCUCAGCGGUGCAGCUUCACCCAGUACGGCAAGAUCUCCAUUUCACAAAUGGUGAUUGGACAGCAGUCGAGCGGCAGUAGCAGCACACUGACGGAGCUGAAGGUGGUGAACCUGGACGCGGCCCAGGGCUCCAAGGGGGACUGACGGGCGGAGGGCGCGCCCUGCUGGGGCGGAGCCGCCGGCACCCACGGACAGACCCACUGACACAUGGGACGGACUGAGGUUUCUAUUUAUUGCUGCCUUCCUCUGCGAAACCGUACGUCACGGCGUGGCCUGGCGACACAAACACACACAUAAACAGACACACACACAAUCAAGGGCCUAUGUGUUGCUUAUCCAUGUGAGUUCAUCUGAUAUAUAUUUAGAUAGAUAUAUAUAUAGAUAUAUAUAUUUGCUAAAUAAAUAUACUGCGCUGUUCACCACGGCCGUCAUUGUAACCUUUUUUCUAUACCACAGAUGGUGUUGUUGUGCUUGCGCAUGCUUAUUUUGAAAUGAGUCAGUACACACACACACACACACACACACACACACACACACACACACACACACACACACACACACACACACACACACACACACACACACACACACACACACACACACACACACACACACACACACACCAAAGAGACAUUCACUUGUCUGAAUGUUCAAGUGUGCGUAGCUUGCGUUUGUGUAUUGCGUUUUUAAUUGUGCGUACCUUGUCAUUUGUAUUGUGGUGAGGACAUUGAUAUUGACUUUAUUUGGAAAAAAUGUACAUAGCACAUUUUUCUAAUUGAAACUUUGUAUUUUGGCCUGUUUAAGUUUGUACAACAGCAUGUCUGUUUUUGUUUAGUUUUUUUGUACGUCGUUUUGUAUCUAUAUGGAAAUGGUUUGCAUAGCGAAACGAUAAAUAAUAAUUAAUAUUUGAAGAUAAAUAAUAUACAAAGAUGAUUGUGAUUUGAGAUGUCAUUACAUCAACCCAGAUAAUUUUCCAUCUGGAAAUGAUGCGAUAGAUAGCAUCUUUAAAAAUGUGAUAUUUCGCUGAAAUAAUAUUUUACGUAUACAACGCCUAACGUACUGAUAGUUACUACUUCAAUAUCGUUUCAAUUAUCUGUCAACUAAAGCAAAGAGUACAGCUCAGAUUAACAACAGUCGUUACAUUUUAAACCCAGUUGAACUUCAUUGGCUGAUAUUUGCACUAUCAAGACCAUUAGCAGCAUUGAUUUAUCUAAAGGGAACCUGACCCCCUCUGUUGGUUUAAAUGGUUUGGCGGUGGCAUUUAUAUCAUAUUCCCUUGCAGGUAGCUAUUCUAUCACACUCGUGAGGUGAUUGGGUAUCAAUCAAUCAAUUUCAUCAAAUAGUGAGUUAACGAUGAAUUAAAAUCAAGGUAUUUUCUUGACACUGCUCACAAACGGCCUUAAGUGAACCCAUCAACCUGCUAUAUUGUACAAAGCAACAUGUGAAUGUAAAUCUACGACCCCUAUGCUAAGACAAUAGACUUUAUGAACGAACCGUGUCCCACUUGGUUUCCACACACAACGGUUCCGUCGUGUAGAACGACAACAUUGCCGCUGGGUACACACGCAUCGCUUGUAUUUUUCAUUGUUCAAGUUUAUAUAUAGGCUAUAUUUUGUGAAAGGAAUUAAGGCCCCGAUUAUAUGUGCAGACUGUGCACGAUUCUCCAUGAUGUUAUGAGGAUGUUUAGUAACAGAAUGAACCGCUGUGCCUUUUUGAAUUACGCGGCUGUUUUCCCAUGACGCGCUCUUCGUACAAGGGGCCAUUUCGGAUUUGAAUCUCUUGUAGGGCCCUCUGACGCAACAUCUGACCUAUUGCAUUAUACUCCUCACUGGGGGGAGUGGGACAGGGUUUGGGAAUCCAGGUGAACACGAUGUGCCACAUGACCCGGCAUGUCAGACUGUGACUGAGAGCCAACGGGGGGAACGCCACAUACGCCGAUGGACCCAUGCCAGGCAUCGCUGCGUGCUCAUUGGCUGGCAGACGACAGGAAGAGGUGUUGUUGAAACUACUGCUUUCUUUCCGUGCGUCUGUUCAUGUGGUUGUGCUUCGGCUUCGAUCCCCCGCAGAACUGUUGGCUCGGUUCUGACGGGGGAAGAGACUGUUUAGGAUCAGCGGAGACCGCUUCUGUGCCGGCGUUUACACUCUGAAGUAUUAAUAACUGUUUCAAUAUCCUCCAUGCUUAUUUCAGUGCCACCGAGAGCUAAAAAAAAAAAAGGUAUCUAUUUUGGAUUUAUUUUUAUUUAGUUUUUUGUUUUUUGGGAUGUUUGUGUAACCUUAUGUACAGACUUUUGUAUUAAAAACAACAAACCAAGCAAGGACCAUGCGUCGGGCUACAGAAAGCUGUGUUUUAAUGUAUUUAUUGGGACGGAGAAGGUUUGAACAAAGCCUGAUUUGUGUGUGCGAUGACAGGCGUUGGAUGGAGAUGGUCGUAUGAAUCAAUGCCCCUGAGUGAUGGAUACUGCUUACAAAAUGAGUGUGAGGCAUUGAUGCUAGUGAUGAACAACGCAAAUGCUUAUACCAUGGGCUGCAAAGGUAACAGAAGUCACACUUGCCUUCAGUCAAAAAGUAAAGAAACGGAAGAAUCCCCAAUCCCUAAUGUACAGAGUUAAGCAGCAAUGAGGUUACCACGAUUAAAAAAAAGCGAAGUGGAGCGCACGGUACAGUGAUUGGUCUGAGCUGAACAAACAAAGAAAAGAAAAGCAAACAGAAAAACCAAAAGCUUGUUAACUAUUUUACAAACAGAGUAAACCAUGCAAGAAAUGUAAGAGGUGGGAGCAAGGGGCGGACCCAAUCCUAGCCAAUGAGCUUCUAGCAGAGGGGAGGGAGGCGGGGUCCUCAGCAGGAGGUACCCCCCCCCCCACCCCC